AUGGCAGAUGGGGAGCAGGGGAGUAAGGUCCGUGCCAAUUCUGGGUCUCGGUCUUUUAGAGCCCAGUUGCAGUUCCCAGUGGGUCGAAUCCACCGCCUGCUGCGCAAGGGCAACUAUGCCGAGCGCGUCGGGGCCGGCGCGCCCGUGUACCUGGCGGCCGUGCUUGAGUACCUGACGGCCGAGAUCCUGGAGCUGGCGGGCAACGCGGCCCGCGACAACAGGAAGACGCGCAUCGUCCCGCACCACCUGCAGUUGGCCAUCCGCAACGACGAGGAGCUCAACAAGCUGCUGGGUGGUGUGACCAUUGCUCAGGGCGGCGUCCUGCCCAACAUCCAGGCCGUGCUGCUGCCCAAGAAGUCUACGGCGACAGCAGGCCCAGCGGCUCCCAGCCUGGGAAAGUCCUCCUCUUAA